AUGAGCAACUCGACUCCAACCCAGGCUCUUCGUCACAGCUUGUCAGCAUGCAUCAGCUUCAAUGUAGCCUGCACCAUCGCUACUGCUCUCGCCUUGGCACUUCUUUUGCGCAAAUUCAUGUUCAGACCUAAAACUGGCAGCAUCUUUCCAGUUUGGGCAAUGAUCGAACUGGCGCUUGUCAGCUAUAUCUUUCGUGGGGAUGGCAUAGGCCAACGGAUCUUCUUGGCAGCGCGAAAAUUCGGUGGGUCACUGUUUGGUCUCACAUCAAAGCACCAGGUUCUUGUCCAUCUUCCAGACGUGGAUCGUCUCAUGGAGCAGUCACUCCACGCCCUAAGCGCCGAGCCUGUUCAAUACGCCCUCCUCACUCGCGUCUACGGCGGAGUCGACUCGCCAGCUCUUAAAAAGAAGCUUGAGAACUCGUGGAGAGACUUUCUGCCUUCGAUGGAGAGGCUGUUUCUCAGAGAGAGCGGCGCUACGGCGACUAUUGAGAGAGCUCGGGUUGCUGAGCGGGCAGCCUCACUGGUGACCUUCUCUUCUGAUGUUCAGAAUUUGAAACGCUGGGAGCUCUGUGCAGAUGUUCGAGCCAUCGCAACAGAUUCACAGAGUUCUCUUGCAGUGGUAGAAGCCAACCUUUACAACCUGGUCAGGGACUUUGGCGCCUGCAUUGCCAUCCCACUCCUCUACGGAAACGACCUCUUGCGUCAACACCCACGUCUCCUGGAAGACUUGUGGAAGUUUGACAAUGAUCUCUUUAUACCGCUGCUACUUGGAGUUCCCACGUGGGUCCCUUUUAAAAUGAUACAAGAAGGGCUGAGAGCACGAUCGCGGCUUCUAUCAGCCAUGGAAUCCCUCUAUCGCUGCAUCGACCAGCAUCAGCGAGGAGAAGUCUUCAACUCUGAGUUUGACCUAUCAGACGUCAGCAGCAUUCCGUUUGAGAGGAACAAGAUCUAUGAGCGAGAGGGCUGGUCCCUUCAAGAACGUGCGGCCGGGGACUUUUCCAUCCUUUGGGGCCAGAACGCCAACCUGCAGCCUAUGCUGGCCUGGCUCACAACUUUUGUGUACGCUACUCCAGGCCUGGUUGAAGGAAUCCGGGAGGAGACAGCCGCCUACAUCAACCUCUCCACUAUAGCCCCUCUCGAGAUCAUCUCUAUGGACAUUCCUGGCUUGUGUCGCGAUUGUCAACUCCUCAAGGCCUGCAUCUUUGAAACCUACCGCAUAGCAAAUGACCCAGCCGUCAUCAGACGCGUCGAGCGUCCAAUCGCCAUUCAAGAUGGUGAACUCGAGCAUCAGCUCCAGGCAGGCUCCUUCGUCUCGAUGCCCACCUCGCUCACCAACAACGAUCCAGCCAUAUUCGCAGAACCAGACAAGUUCAUUCCAGAGCGAUUCCUGGAGAGGAACCCAACCAUCGGGAACAUGACUGCUCGAUACGGAAGGCUGAAGCCAUGGGGUAUGGGGUCGUCAAUGUGCAAAGGGAGGACUUUUGCUCACAAACACCUGACGGUGGUAGGGGCUGCCAUCAUCAGUCUCUGGGAUAUUGAACCCGUGAGCGGGGCUUGGGAAGUUCCUGAUAUGAUUCCGGGGUCGAGUGCCAAGAGGCCGGCCAAGGAUAUCCGCGUCGUCAUCAAGCGAAGGAUUCUAUGA